AUGUGCCUAGUUGAUGAGUACACUGACGUGUAUCCAAUGGAAAUCCGAUCGAGAAAAGUCUUCCACCGAUGUUCACUUAGUGAUGGUAGAAGAACCUGCAAGCACGUUCGGGUUCGAAACCAUGGUGAAUUUUACCACGCAGGCCGUGUCCAGUCAAGGGACUCCCCAGAAAUAGCUUCGUCUUUGCUAGAAAAACCGCCGAGAACAUCACCGUCGGCUCGAAGUCGCCCAUCUAAAUUCCGUGUUCCGUUUAUCAGAUUGUCUUCAGAGGCCGAUGAAGAACAGAGCCGUUACAAUUCUCGAAGUCACAGAGGAGCCACUCGUCCGUUCGUGGUUGACUUUCCUGAGGAUAUAGAGUGGACACGGCAAAGAACUGAAGGAUCGAAUACCCCACGGCGGCAUACGGUUUCGCCGCAGAGCAAAUUCUUUUUUGGUUUGGGAGACAAGGAACAAGAUGACAUUGAUUGCAUGUCCCGAAAAUCUUAUUCGCAGCAUCGACCCCGAGUAUCGCGCUCACGAGAAGAGAGGAUGCCGAUCCCUGAACGUGACCAGCGCCCAUCUCUAGCUCAUAUGGUGGAAGCUCGUAAUACACUUCAUACCGGCAGCGAUAGAGAUCAGGGAAUGAGAACCGGCCACCGACGUGUCCGUUUUACAAGCGAGGUAAACUAUGCGGAGCCUAUCAAUAAAAAUAGAGAGCACAAUAAAACAGCCGAUAGUGUCCACACUCAUCAAUAUCGUUUCCUCAAGGAGAGGCCAAACACUGAGGCCCGUACGCCUUAUCUUGCACGAUCAAUAGAAGUUACGAAGACUUUUACGGCAUCUAGGUCAAACCGUCUUCGACCGAGAGUGAUUCAAGACGGCAAUCGCCGACUGGCUAGAGCGGGCGAGCGCAUCUUCGUCGAGGCUCGGAGGAGACAAAGGGAAGACAGUGAAUUCAAUUCGUAUACUGGCAGGCGACAUUGGAACCGCCAACCUAGGCGUUCAUUCUCUGGCCAGAGAGCAUUAAUAAUGGAUAAAGGGACACUCAACUCUGGGCAGAAUCUAGCACCUGAUCUCAAUCAGAUUUCACCAAUCAGGGCACUGGGCCUAUUGUGUGCCAGCUUUGAGGUGCUGUCUAGGCCGGCUAUGGACAACUCCAGCUCGUCUCCUGUCUGGACAGAUAGAAUAUCUGAUACAGCGCUUCCCUCAGUUCGAGGUACUGAAUUUCGUUGCUCUCCAAGAGAAUACGAUCAAAUGGAUCGGGACCUUCUUCAACAGAGCAUACUAUCCAAGAGGUUCUUCUCAAAGCGGGAACCCCCGAUCACAUUGAAAGAUUACUUACUGCGGCUCCAUCGCUACUGUCCAAUGUCUACGGCUGUCUACCUUGCUACAAGCAUGUACAUCACUCGAAUGGUCACAACCGAAAGGGUCGUGUCGGUAAAUCCGAGGAAUAUGCACCGCCUAGUGCUUGCAGGAAUUUGCGUGGCAAUGAAAAUUCUUGAAGAUCUCAGUUACCCUCAAAGUCGUCUUGCCAAAGUUGGCGGAGUGACAGAAUGCGAUUUGUCAAGGCUUGAGAUCAGCUUCUGUUUUCUGGCCGAUUUUGAGCUGCGAGUCGAUGUUCGGAUGCUUAUUAUCCAAGCGGCAAUUCUUGAACAGAGUGCUAUUUCCAAUGUUGAUUUUAAUGAGUAA